GUGUAGCAGCUUCAAAUUCCAUGUGUGAAAAUGAACAAAAGCAGCUACAUGUAUGAGGAUCUGCUGCAGCCUGGUCUGAUAACGUGGGCCACAUCACUCGCACUAACAUUUUAGUAUAAAAAGGGCCGAUCUGCUCGGUGUGCACCAGAAGCAUCGCACUUGUUGGAUUCUGUUUUGCACCAUUUGUUUAUACACCCUUCAAAGGAAACAGUCAUGUCAGGGAAAGUCAUCGUGGUGUUUGCACUGUUGACGGCUCUGCUGGUAUCAUCCGGAGAGGCCAGAGAGGCUGGUCUCCUGCAGCAGCUGCUGGCAAAGAGAGACCCGGCCGGCAGACAGGAGCCGGCGCCGCAGGCCCCCCCUGCACGGCCGGAGAGAAGGGCACACCUAUCAGAGGACGAUAGGGAGAUUAUGACAAAACAAAUAAUGCAAGCUAUUUCAGAGAUGAACUCUGAGUGCAUGUCGGACCGGGACUAUCAGGGCUGGGUGGACUUCGGACGCCGGGACGCAGAAUGAGACACGCCGACAGCGACCCGACAGCUCACUCACCUGCUCUUUGUUCACAUUUUCUAUAAAAGUCAAUGUUCUGCUUUCACUGCA